AUGGCGAGCCAUCCCGAAUCUCAGACAGUCGAAGUGGAUAACACUUAUUUCGAGACUGUCAUAUAUCACAAUCGACACUUCCAGCAGUAUGCCAUAGCGAACUUAUCUUACUUCCAGCCUAUCGAUGAGGACGAAUUAGAAAGAUUGCGUGUUUGGCACGCAGUCCUAAACAGAGUUUUCGACAAUCGUCUUCUAUUUCCGACUCUGAACAGACCUAGAAGGAUUCUGGAUUGUGGCUAUGGAACAGCCAGCUGGGCUAUCGACGUUGCUACACAAAACCCAGGAUGCGAGGUUAUAGCGAUUGAUAUUUAUCCCUUCCAGCCAGAAACCGUACCUGAAAACUUGUAUUUGCAAGUGGACGAUCUCAACAACCGAUUCACUUUUCAGGCCCACAACUUCGACCUUGUCCACAGUCGAUUGAUGUCGGGCGCUAUACAUGUGAACAGAUGGGCUGGAUACCUUCGUGAUAUGCUUCGUGUACUCCGACCCGGAGGAUGGUGCCAGUUGGUGGAGCUGCAUCAUAACGCUCAGUCAGACAAUGGAAGUCUAACAGAGGCCCAUGCUCUUAGACAGUGGAGUACUAGGUACAAUGAGAGCUUGAACGGCUUGAAAGAUCUUCGCGUGGCACCCCGGCUUCCAGAAAUGAUGAGAGCUGCAGGAUUUGUCGAUGUUGAACAUAGAAUGAUUCCCCUUCACACUUGUGGUUGGUCAAGCGAUUCCAGAGACUAUGAUAUUGGUACUUCCAACAGAGAAAACGUACAACAAUUCUUAGGAUCCAUUGCGAUUUAUCCAUUCGCGGAAAGACUAGAGAUGCCGAUCCAAGAUGUUCAACUUCUUGUAGCGCAGGCUCGAGUAGAGGCCGAUGACCCAUUGUUGAAGGUGUACUUCCCUUUGUAUGUUUGCAUCGGAAGGAAACCUCGCUCGCGUCGAUAG